CCCAGGUUUACCGACAGCAGCUUUUUAACCCGUACUGUCGUCCGCCACGCAGGUCACGCAGUUCCUCUCAGGGCACCAGACCGUAGACCGUGGGCUGUUAACUCUUACCAUUUUCAACCCGUUUCGAGUGUGCGAGUGUUCGCUGUUCGGUGCGUCGGCUAGAUGGAGGACUACCAUAAACCAGACCAGCAGACGGUGCAGGCGCUCAGGAACAUCGCCGCCCGGCUGCGCAUCAACUCCAUCAAGGCGACGACUGCAGCAAACAGCGGUCAUCCGACGUCAUGUUGCAGCGCGGCAGAAAUCAUGUCCGUGCUGUUCUUUCACACCAUGAAGUACCGACCCGAAGACCCACGCAACCCCAACAACGACCGCUUCAUUCUCUCCAAGGGUCACGCGGCCCCGGUGCUGUACGCCGUGUGGGCCGAGACGGGCUACCUGAAGGAAAACGAGCUGCUCAACCUGCGCAAGGUGGACUCCAUCCUGGAAGGACACCCCGUGCCAAAGCAGCAGUUUGUGGAUGUGGCCACUGGAUCCCUGGGUCAGGGCCUGGGAGCCGCCUGUGGAAUGGCCUACACUGGGAAAUACUUUGACAAGGCCAGCUACCGAGUGUUCUGCCUGCUCGGUGACGGGGAGCUGUCGGAGGGCUCCGUGUGGGAGGCCAUGGCCUUCGCCUCCAACUACCAGCUGGACAACUUGGUGGCUGUGCUGGACAUCAACCGUCUGGGUCAGAGCGACCCGACGCCGCUGCAGCACCACGUGGAGAAGUACCAGCGGCGCUGUGAGGCGUUCGGCUGGCACGCCGUCAUCGUGGACGGACACAGCGUGGAGGAGCUGUGCAAGGUUCUGAGUCAACCUCGUCACCAGCCGCUCGCCGUCAUCGCCAAGACCAUCAAGGGCAAGGGGAUCCCAGUGGCUGAGGAUAAGAUGGGCUGGCACGGCAGACCUCUGGCCAAGGACGCGGCCGACGCCGCCGUCAAGGAGCUGCAGAGCCGCAUCCUGGGCUGCAGCAAGCGCCUGUACCCGGCGCCGCCCGGCGACGACGCGCCGCCCGUCAGCCUCCGCAACGUGCGCAUGCCGAGCGCGCCCGGCUACAAGCCCGGCGAGAAGGUGGCCACGCGCAGGGCGUACGGCGCGGCGCUGGCCAAGCUGGCCCGGUACAACGAGCGCGUGGUGGCGCUGGACGGAGACACCAAGAACUCCACCUUCGCCGAGCUCUUCCGGACCGAGCACCCCGACCGCUACGUGGAGUGUUACAUCGCCGAGCAGAACAUGGUGAGCGUGGCCGUGGGCUGCGCCGCGCGCGACCGCAACGUGGUGUUCGCCAGCACCUUCGCCGCCUUCCUCACGCGGGCGUUCGACCAGCUGCGCAUGGCCGCCAUCUCCGAGAGCAACGUCAACCUCUGCGGGUCGCACUGCGGCGUCUCCAUCGGCGAGGACGGUCCCUCUCAGAUGGGUCUGGAGGAUCUGGCCAUGUUCAGGGCCAUUCCCACGGCGACCAUCUUCUACCCCAGCGACGGCGUCUCCACUGAGAAAGCGGUGGAGCUUUGUGCCAACACAAAGGGUUUGUGUUUCAUACGAACGAGCCGCCCAGAGAACAACAUCAUCUACAACUGCAACGAAGACUUCCAUGUUGGACAGGCCAAGGUCGUGUAUAAAACCAGUGACGACCAUGUGACUGUGGUCGCGGCGGGAGUGACCCUUCACGAAGCUCUGGCUGCAGCUGAGCAGUUAAAGAAAGAGAGAAUCAACAUCCGUGUGAUUGACCCGUUCACCAUCAAACCCCUGGACUCCAAAACGAUCAUUGACAAUGCCAGAGCAACUAGAGGGCGCAUCAUCACCGUGGAGGACCACUACAAUGAGGGUGGGCUCGGCGACGCGGUGUGCGCGGCGGUGGCGAACGAGGCCGGCGUCGCCGUCCACCGCCUGGCGGUGCCCCAGGUGCCGCGCAGCGGGAAGCCCCACGAGCUGCUGCGGAUCUACGGCAUCGACCGCGACGCCGUGGUGCAGGCGGUCCGGAAGGUGCUCAGCAGCUCGGCCAACGCCAAGUAGGAGCGCGGCGGCGGGUCGGCGACCGUCGCCAUGGAGACGGCGAACACCGAAGCGGAGAGGCUCUUCUGGCCCGAACACGCAGUCCUCCUCGUAGAACGUGUCAACUAUUUGUUGGGAAAAUAAAGAUAACAUGUCUUUUCUCUGUAACUGUCAUUUUUUCGUGGUUCGACACCUUUAGCUCAGAUUUCUGUGCCUCAUCGGUUUGUGAGUUCAGUAAACACACCACCCGCUCCCCCCCCACGUCCACACCUCCACCCUCCCACCCUCCAGAUAAAGGUCUGGUGACUGCACCAGCAGUGAAUGUGUUUGAUUUUACAGUUUUGACCUUUGACCUUGACUUGGAUGUGACGGCUUCACAACAAUAAAAGGGAUGGUUUCUUCACA